GAAGGGCAGUCCCAAAAAGCCAAUUUCCCAUGGCAGCAGCACGACACCUACAUGUUCACAAAUCCACCGUUAGAGGCAUAACAACGUGUGCUUCACUUGUAAACUCGACCCAUUUAGAAAAUUCGCCUAUUUCUGAACCACAACACUUUGCAAAUGGCUCUUCAACCCCACCAUCUGAAGACACAUUAUUAGUCCAGAAAAUCUUGUGGAACCUUAAACAAGGCAAGUCAAUAACCAAUUCUUUACAUGGUUUAAACCCGUCUACUUUUCUUGAAGUUCUGGUUAAUUGUCGUGAUAAUUUGCAUUUAGCACAGAAAUUCAUUAACUUGGUUUCUGUAAAUUGUCCUAAUUUCAAACAUUGCUCGAGGUCAUUGACUGCUACUGUACAUGUGUUGAUUAGGUUAAAGAGGGUAGCUGAUGCACAGGGUUUUAUCUUAAGGAUGAUCAGAAGAAGUGGGGUUUCAAGAAUUGAGAUUGUGGAAUCUGUGGUGUCAACUUAUGGGGUAUUUGGGUCGAAUGCAUAUGCUUUUGAUUUGCUGAUUAGGACUUAUGUACAAGCUAGGAAGAUUAGGGAGGCUGUAGAAGUAUUUUAGGUUGUUGCAAAGGAGGAAUCUUUGUGUUCAGAUAAAUGCGUGUAAUGGUCUUCUAGGAGGGCUUGUGAAGAUUGGUUGGGUUGACUUGGCAUGGGAAGUGUAUAAUGAGAUGACAGGGAGUAGCAUUCAGCCAAAUGUGUAUACCCUCAACAUAAUGGUGAAUGCUUUAUGUAAAGAUGGGAAAA